AUGCAAAUUAAUCAAAAUUCUGCCACACUUCGGUUGAGGAGGAGUAGUAGCUCGUAUCCAGAUCUAAGGCAAGAAUCGGUUUGGGAUGAUAACAGAGACGAUCAGAAGUUUCAGUUCCUAUUCUUUGAUGAUUUCGAUAUCAAGAAGUACCGCCAAACGGUGUCGUUUGAUCAUCGACAUCGAUCAAGGCAACGAAGCAAAGUUGAAGAAGAUGAAAUUAAAGAAGUUCCAGUUGAUACUUUUGUUGUUCGUCCUUCUACGCCCCCUAAGUCGCCGGCUCCUCCUCCUCCUCCUCCGCCGCCUCCGAGAAGAACAGAGAAAGUGGAGAAGCUAGACGAAAAUUGUGAGGGUGAUAGAGAAUUCACUAAAGCUCGAUCUCCACCACCUACGCCUCCUCCUCUUCCUGCUCUGCCGCCUCCACCUGCGAAACCGAAGAAUCAUUUGAUAUGGAGAAGAACGUAUCAAUUAGGUGAGUGGACAGAGAUGGUGGAGAAGCCAGAUGAAAAUGGUGAUAGAGAAUCACUGCAACAAACUCAAGUUUUAGGGGCAACAAAUUUAGAGGCCUCAAACAAUUAUAACAUUGUUGAAUUCACUAAAGCUCGAUCUCCACCACCUAUGCCUCCUCCUCCUCCCAGACCUCCGCCGUCACCGGCACGGAUUCGGCUGAAUCAGAAGAAACUAGAAAGAAUACAGAGCAAUCUACAGUCUCAUUACACGAAAGUACCUCCGCCACCACCUCCUCCGCCGUUCAAAAUGCCGGAGUUCAAGUACUUGGUUAGUGGAGACUUCGUUAAAAUUAAAAGCGCUCAAAGCUCUCGCUGCGACUCCCCUGAUCCAAUGGACGAGGCUGUAUCAUCGUCAAUUACCGAAGAAGAAUCAGAAUCAGUCAACAUGAUCAACGGUGGAGAUGGACUUGGGUCAGUGUUUUGCCCUAGCCCAGACGUACUGACAUCAAGGUCGGCACUUUCAUUGAAAGGUUGUAGUUGUACGAUGGGUGGAGGCUUGAGAAGAUUAUAA